GGAGGAGCGAUGGCGAGCCAGGGCUACAGGCGGAGGCAGCCGCUGCUCAUCCUGCAGGAGCCGCAGCUGUCGAGCUUUGGCCGGCAGCCCGACGGGGAGGCGCAGCGGUGGGUGGUCGGCGGGGCCCCAAGCCUCCUCAGGCAGCUGACGGACCACUUGAACGAGAGGGAGCGGCUGUGGCUUCUGGCGCUGGAGGAGCCCGAAUGCGGCUCGACGGGGCGGACGCAGCCGCUUUCCCUCCGGGGGCGAAGCUGGCACCAGCUGGCCCUCGACGUAGAGGGCUUCUCCGCGGAGGAGCUGAUGGUCAAGCUGGAGGGGAGGAAGCUGACGGUGCUGGGGAAGCAGGAGAAGGAGGAGGUGGCCGAGCGGGGCUGCGUGUGCCGGGAGUCCCGCCAGCUGCGCAAGGAGCUGCUGCUGCCCCCCGACGCCGACCUGGAAGCCCUCACCUGCGCCCUCCACCCCGACGGGCAGCUCCGCGUCCAGGUCCCGCGCCUGGAGCGCACCAUCCCGAUCACCGUGGAGAGGAGUCCCAGCGAGACCGACGGAGGGGCCAAUGAUCCCCCUGCGGGAGGAGAGACGUCGGACGGGGCGGACGGGCAGUGAGCGACCUUCCGUCCCAGCGCUCCGUUUAGCG